AUGAAGUUGGUGAUCGCUCUCCAUGACCAAGAUCAAUGUGAGCGAAAGCAAGAAGGCCAAUACCUAUCUCGAAGUGCAGAGGUGAUGAGGAAGUCUUUGGAUGAAACAGUUUCGACAAAGAACAUGAACCUGGACAGACACAUGAGACUUGUGUUGACACAUCGAGGUCCUGAAUUUUGGUCUGCGCAAGCUUUGCAGGAAUCUGCUCUUCGUCGCGUGCGCAAUCAAUAUUACACUCGUGAAUUCGCUCAUUUGGUCUUCACGGAGCUGCUCAUGUGCAAUGCCAAGGACAUUUUCUUGUCGCCGAGAGUCAUACAGUUUCGCCAGCGGCUAACGCAAGAACUGGUGGAGCAUGAGGUUGUGACGUGCAGGGGCAGAACGAACGCUGUCUUAAUGCUGACCGCCGUAUCCUCAGAAGAAACGUCUGUGCUCGUCGAUGCACUGGCGGCGCAUCUUCCUGCCGGCGGUCUUCAACAGGUAAAAUAUCUUUCAGUUGACAAUCCGUCAGCAAAGCUGUGGCAUCAUGUUCGACGUAGAUGUCCGAACUUGCAGAUAUUGGCUCUAGACCCCGUCCAUCUGGCGAUGACUUGUGAGUUCGCCUCAAGCAGAAAGCGAACGGCAUCCUCAACAAUUCUACGAACUAUCCUUCAGAAGUUUUCUGCGUGCAGUCACACUUGCACGCCGUGUUCUUGGGGGCCGAUUUUCACGGGGGACAAGUUUCGGCCUCUAACUCGUGAAGAAGAACAAGCACGAUUGCAGAUAGAGGAUCGAAGCAUGAGGAUUAGCAUCGCCGAGAAGAUCCUGAGUCAGCUUGACGCGACAGUACCCUUUUUUGAGCGCAUAGAGUGGAUCAGAAGCUUGGCAGCUUUGGCAGCAGUGCGCCGCAGCGAAGUGGAAUGCGUGGUUCCCGGGCCCAACCGCAAAAUGUUCGAGCUGUUGCACACCGCAGCCGCAGGUCCACGGACCGAAUGGUACCUCAACAAUCUACGCAUGCGGCGUGCAAUCAGUCCAUCUCGACUAAGUCUUGUACCGGUGGGGACAACGUCGAAUGAAGCUUUGCACCACGAGAUCAACAACUGGUUUCGCGAGACCCAGAAAUUACACAAAACCACCCUGGAGCUGAAAUUGUCAAUUAUGUCUUUUGGUAAACUAUUGACUCACAACACUGCCUUGUAUUGGACAACGACACGGCAGAUGUCCGAGGCCGAAGUGUUGGCUCGAACGGCUUCCGUUGCUUUGUGGAGUCCGCAACAGUGGGUGCAGUGGUGCGAAGAACUUGCGGUUGGCCGAAAAACUGAGAAGGCGACUCUCAAUCUACAUCCUCGCAGGCAAGCAGAGCGAAGGGCUGUCAAAGACAUGCUUAAGAAAAAGCCUGCUGCUUCCGUGGGCCAAGAUCGCAAGAGGCGUAUCACACCAAACACCUUGCUGCGGCAGGACAAUCUGAGGCGAGCAGGCGUUCGUGGAAGAGCGCCUGUGUCGUAA